CCGAAGGCUAAACCAAGAUCAAGAAAAACUCUGAACAAACUAAUUGUUCAGCCAAUUAAUCCAUAAUUAAGAUCCGUUACAUCUAACAAGAUAAAAAAAAAGCUGAAAUUAAAAUUCAUGAUAAAUUCAAGAUCCACAGCUUGCUAGUCACACCAAUUUGACAUGGCUCAUGCAUUUGACAUUUCCCCGACACCGAUCACACUGUCAACAAUGAUUCCUUUUUUGGGCUUUCUCUGUAUCAAUCAAAAUGUAAUUAAUAUUUUAUAGAAUUGAAAUUGUUAAAUUAAAUUUAGAGUGAUUUACCUUUCUUGCUUGGGCAGCUAAGUUCACAGUUGUAGUUUUACAACCUCUCGAAUUGUGUCCUAACUUAUCACACUUUGUGCAUCUGUAUUGGGUAUUGACCCUCUUCAACUUCGGAGAAUUUUCAUCCUCAUCAGUUUAAAGCAACAUAACGGUGAGCUUAAAGGAGGCGCAAAAGCAUCCCGUGCCGGAAGGCCGUGGGUAUGUGCAUACCUUAUUCAAGGAUUUAAGGACAGAAGUGAAGCUUGUGCAUUUGAAUCAAGUUGGAAACAACAUUCAAAGAAAUUACCACAUAAAGGAAAAGGCGAUGUACUACAGCAGCUAGAAGAAUCUAAACCUGUCAUGUUACUGGAACAUAGAUACGCAGCUCUAGAUGAAGUCAAAAAAUUUGUGGAUUGCAGUCACUUAUUAUUCAAUUGCCAUUCUAAUCUCCAUUAUUGAUCCAGCGACAGCUAUGGCGUUUCUGCCAUUUGUAAAUCAGAUGCAUUACCAUGCAUAUGCAUGGGAAAGUUCUACAAGGACUGUCCUUAUAGAGGAAACUGAGGAAAUAGAAGAGGGGAAUGAUGGAAAGAAGCUUCAGGGAAUCAUCAGCUCAAACCCGGAUGGAAGAGGAAGUAAGGGUACUGGACUUGCUAAUAUGUUAAAGCCAAUGCUUGGAUUUCAGCCUAAAAUGAUUCAUGAACCGAACCAGGAGGAUGUUGUCCAGAUACUACUAGGGUUGCAUGAGAAAUACGAGUCUCAGAAAUAUGAGUCUCAGAACUAUUAGGCCAUAACAGCAGUUUUGCAACUUUCAGCUAGAUGCAUUCCUUAUAGAUAUCUUCUGGACGAAACCAUUGAUCCUAUUGGUGUGGUGGGGAGCAGAUCACAAAUGGAAGCUCCUAAAAGGAAAAAGCGGCUGCUUAUUUCCGUACUUACAAAAUCACCAAGUGAACACUGGCAAGAAAUUAGAUCUGUGCGGACAAUGCCUGAAAUGAUUAUGAAAAAGAAACUCAGCAAAACUAACUAUGAAUUUCACUUGGAAGGGGAUGAUAAAGUCCAAACUGAACAUUCUAUAAAUUCAGCAGCUAGAGAUGAUGAAUUUUGUGUGGUU